ACAUACUGCGCACUGUAUUUGCUCAUAACUCGUUGCUUUCGGACCUGCGUCUAGAAUCUUUCUGAUGCGCGCGUCUAGUCUGUUUCUGCUUGGCUUAUUAGCAGGUGGCUGUUUAUACUACUGUGAAGCUGAUUUUGGGCAGGCGAUUGUCGACGAAGCGCUCGACGCGCUGCAGAAUGGCAACGACGGAGACCCUCGCAGCAUGGAGGACUUGCUCCACUGGGCAAUCUCGCACAGCGAUCCCGCCAAGCUCGCGGCAGCUGCCGAGGAGGCUCAGCGGGUGCAGGUGGUGAAAGACCUGAAGGAGCAGCGCAGACGUGUCAAGGAGCUUCUGGACCACGUGCGCUCCCAGCCCACGGAGGCGGACAUGAUGCGCGAGGGCAUUGACAUCCUGCGCCGCGCCGGCGCCUCCGACACGGAGCUGCUGGCGGCGCUGCAGGCGCUGCAGGUACUGGUGGAGCCCAUCGACAACGCCAAUGACCUGCACCCGCUUGGCGGCCUGUCGCCAGUGGUGGCGCAGCUGGCUCGGCUGGCAGAGGCGCCGGCGCUGGCCACCGCCGCCGCGCACGUGAUCGGCACCGCCGCCUCCAACAACCCCACCUUCCAGCGCGCGCUGCUGAGUCAGCACCCCGAGGUGGUGGGCACGCUGCUGCAGGUGUCGGCGGCUCCGGACCAUGAGUGCUCGGUCAAGGGCCUGUACGCGCUGGCGGCCAUGGUCCGGAACCUGCGGGAGGCGCGGGCGGCCUUCGUGGAGGCAGGCGGCUUCGGCACGUUGGAGGCUCUGCUGCGCGGCGAGGCCGUGUCCCCGCGGGUGAAGCGCAAGUCCCUCAGCCUGUUCAUGGACCUGGUGGACACACAGCCCGCGGCGGCGGCGGCGGCGGCAGAGGCAGGAGCAGCGGCAGGAGCUGCAGGGGGUGCCGGUGGUGGUGGUGAUGUCGAGGCGGGGGCGGCGGCAGACGGUGGCGAGGGGUUGGAAGGAGCAGGCGGCGGCAAGCAGGAGGUCAUUCGCAGGCUGCAGCGGGAGGCGGACCAGCGGCAGCAGCAGCAGCACGGGGACGCGCACGAGGACGCGCACGCCGGCUACGGCCCGCAGGCGCUGGCGGCCGCCGCCAUCAGCACUGGGCUGCCGGAGGCGGUGGUGGCGCUGUUGGCGCAGCCCGACCCAGACAUGCAGGAGAAGGCGCUGCUUGUGCUGCAGCGGCUGGCGGGCGACGGCGUGGCGAGGCAGGUGCUGCGAGCCAAUGGCGCAGAUGAGGCGCUGGUGCAGCUGCGGGCGCAGCUGCGGGCGGACGCGCCUGGGCCCGGCGACGAGGCCGACCCCUACCACGACUACCUGACGGACCUGGCGGCCCAGGUGGCGGCAGCCAUGGCGGCACCAGGGCCCCAGGCGCCGGCAGGCAGCGGCGGCGGCGCGGCUGCUACAGCUGCGGGUGCGGGCGCGGGAGCGGCGGCGGCGGCAGGGAGGAGUGGGGCAGCGGGGGCGGCGGAGGCGGGGAAGGGAGGGAGCGGCAUUGGGAGAGGUGGGUUGAAGGGUGAGGUGGAGGGUGUGGAGGUGCAGCAGCCAGUGCUGGCGCUAGGGGGGCCGUCGCGGGUUGGGCCGCGGCUAGCGGGUGCUGUUGGAGGAGAAGGGGAGCGGGGCACGGCGAAGGGCGGGUCGUGUAGUGUUGGGGAUGGCGACGCCGGGGAUAGUGACACGGGUUCGGGGCAAUGCAGCGCGUCGCGGUGAGCAAGGGAGGUCGCGGGGUCUGUGCUUCCGAGGCACCCCAGACCAAGAAGAACGUGUUAGACUGGUGAACGGUGAGCAAAGCGGACGUGUCGGGUCGCGUGUCGACGCAACGUGAUGGCGAUCGUGAGCCAUGGUGGCCAGAUGUCAGGUUGAGGGGCACGCGUGCAGUCCGAAUUCACGGGCAUAUUGCCCGAGCAUAGGGCAUGGCAAGAGGCCGCCUGGCAGGUGCAGGCCAAGCACCCAAGUGAAGCGAAGCCGUCCAGGGUGCGCGGCUGCGCACACGCACGUUUGCGGCAGCAACCCAGUGUACAUGUUGCAAGUGCUCUCCCUAAACUGAAGCUUUCGGAAUGCGCAC